AUGUUCCACAGUGCUACCUGCAUUUCAGCUGCAAUGGCCUCACCAAUGCCUGACAAGGAGGAAGCUGCCAAGAGCUCUGUGGAGAUGAAGGAAGAGGAGCAGCAGGAUGCAGUAAGCCAGGUGGCUAACCUGACCUUGGUCAGCUCUGCCUGUGAUGUGGUUUCUACAGCUUAUGCCUCCACUAAGGAAAGCCACCCCUACAUCAAGUCUGUGUGUGACGCUGCAGAGAAAGGGGUGAAGAGUGUGACUGAGGCAGCAGCCAGCUGUGUGCAGCCAGUUCUGACUACAUUGGAGCCUCAUGUUGCUGCUGCAAGUGAAUAUGCCUCCAAGGGUCUGGAUAAACUAGGGGAAAAGCUCCCAGUCCUUCAAAAGCCAGUGGAACAGAUUCUCUCUGACACAAAAGAGCUGGUAUCAUCCAGAGUGGCUGAAGCAAAGGAUGCUGUGAGCAGCAAAGUGCUGGAGGUGAUGGAUGUAACUAAGGAGACUCUUCAGAGCAGCAUGGAAGCUGCCAGAUCUGCAGUGACCAGCAGUGUGGGGAUGGUGAUGGACUCCAGAGUGGGUCAGACUGCUGUGAGUGGAGCAGAAGCUGAGCUGGGGAGAACAGAAGACAACUCUCUCCCUAUUGGAAAUGAGGAAUUGGCCCAACUGGCAGCAUCUGAGGAGGGUGCAGGCAUAAUGUCUGUGGAGCAGCAGCAGGAGAAGAGGAGGUAUUUUGUGAGGUUGGGGUCUCUCACUGAUGAACUUCGCCUGUUUGCCUACCUGCACUCAACAGACAAAAUGAAGCAGAUCUGGCAGGGCAUGCAGGAGUCCCUUGCACAGCUUCACUACAUCAUUGAACUGAUAGAACUAUUUAAGCAAGGACUUAUUCAAAAGCUUCAGGAGAGGUGGGAGAAACUACACCAGAUGUGGCUGGACUGGAGCAAGAAGUCUUCCAAUGAGAGUGGAGAUGAAAGCCCUACAGAGCCAGAGGAGUUGGAGCUUCUGGCCUUGCUCAUGGCUCGUAGUAUCACACAGCAGCUGCAAAUCACCUGCUGUAAGAUAGUAUCUGCAAUCCAAGGCCUUCCCUCAAGCCUUCAGGAGAAGGUGAAACAAUCUCUCAGGACUAUGGAGGAGCUUCAUGCUUCUUUCUUGGUGGCAAACUCCUUCCAGGACUUGGCCAGCAGUGUCCUGACCCAGAGCCAGAGGAAGCUGGCUGUGAUGCAGGAGUACAUGGAGGAGCUGCUGGACUACCUCAAGAACAACAUCCCUCUGUCCUGGCUGGUGGGACCCUUCUCCCCUAGAGAGGAGGAAGGAGAAACAUCACAGAAGCAUGAGCCCUCCCAGGAGGAAGAGGCAGCAGGAGCAGGGCAUCAUGAAUUCUCCACCACCCUUUUGUAA